GCACAGUACAGAUUUACAGAAAAGCCCCAAACGGGCCAAACCCUCUUCUCCCUCCCACACGCACCACCAUGCGGCCUACGCCGCCUCUUCCCAUCGCCGUGAUUCCAUGACCGCCGCCGCGCCGUCUCCUCCUCUCAAGCUACCCUCCGCCGCCGCCUUCUCCGAUGCCUCCCCACCUCCUCCUACACAGCCUUCUCCAGCUCCGGAUCCCCCCUCGCCACCCCCUCCUCCGCCUCCUCCACUCCUACAACCCCAUUGACCGCCCGCCGCCGCAGGACCUGCCCCUGCACGACGCUGAGCUCUGGAUCGCCAAGGCGCUCGCGACUGCCGCCUUACUCCUGCCGCACUGCCUCCCGGCAUUCCGCCGCCUCGCGCCCUCCCAGGCGGCCGCCGCCGCCGCGCUCCGCCACGCGCCGUGCGCCUCCUCGACGCUCCACCUCUUCUCUGCGCUGCAUUCCCCACACUCCCAGCUCGCCAUGCCCCCGUCCGCGCAUUCCUACCGCUACGUCAUUUCGUUGAUGUGCCAGUCCGGCCGCCACACUGAUGCCCUCCAACUGUUCGACCAAAUGACGGACCAGUCUGGUUACUUUCCCAAUGCUCGUUUUCUCUCGUUCCUGUCCGGUUCCUGCGCCGCUGCAGGCCUUCUUGAUGCUGCUGCAGCAUUGCUCUCAAAGGCAUCCCAGUUUGGUUGUUCCAUUGAAGCGUAUGCAUAUAACAAGCUCAUGGAUUUGUUCAUUGGCCAUGGCCGGGUGCAGGACGCUGUGGCAUUGUUUGAGGGAUGGAUCCAGGGGGGAGUGUAUUCUCCGGAUGUAUGGAGCUUUAAUGUCGUCAUCAAGGGGGUUUGCAAGGUGGGGGAUGUUCAAAAGGCGCUUGAGUUGGUCGAAAGGAUGGAUGAGUUUGGUUGCUCGCCAGAUACUGUCACACAUAAUAUUCUAGUGAAUGGGCUAUGCAGGGCAAAGGAGGUGAGUAAGGGUCGCGAGGUGUUGAGGAGGCUUCAGAGAGAUGGUGUUUGCAUGCCCAAUGUAGUCACAUACACCUCAGUAAUCUCAGGUUACUGUAAGGCUGGCAGGAUGGAGGAUGCAAUGGCAGUAUACAAUGACAUGGUUGCGGUUGGGACAUCACCCAAUGUGGUCACAUACAAUGUGCUAAUCAAUGGGUAUGGCAAGGCUGGGAAUAUGGGGUCUGCGGUGGCAGUGUAUCAGCAAAUGAUACUUCGUCGCUGUCUUCCUGAUGUUGUGACGUUUAGCUCGUUGAUUGAUGGAUAUUGUCGGUGUGGACAGCUGGAUGAUGCCAUGAAGAUUUGGACUGAGAUGGCUCAGUAUCAUAUUCAACCAAAUGCACACACGUUCUGUAUCAUAAUACACACAUUUUGCAAGCAGAACAGAUCAGGGGAAGCGCUUCAUUUUUUGAAAAAAAUGAACAUGAGAACAGACAUUGCACCACAAGCGUUUAUAUAUAACCCUGUGAUUGAUGUACUCUGCAAGGGUGGAAAGGUGGACGAAGCAAACAUGAUUCUAAUUGGGAUGGAAGAGAAAGGAUGUCGUCCCGACAAGUAUACAUAUACUAUUUUGAUAAUCGGGCACUGCAUGAAGGGUAGGAUAGCAGAAGCCGUCACAUUUUUCCAUAAAAUGGUAGAGACUGGGUGUUCCCCUGACAGUAUAGUAGUCAAUUCUUUUAUUAGCUGCCUUUUAAAGUCUGGGAUGCCUGGUGAGGUGGAUCACAUAAUGCGUAUUGCAGCAGGGGGUGCUUCAUCGAGUUGGAAAGAUCCUUCUCCUGUAACCCAAAGCAUAGACAUUUCAGUAGCUGUAUAGCUGAAUGAUACAAUGGAGAAUGUAAGGAACAGCAUCUUGACUGUUUUUGAUGCGAAUUACGGGGUAUCUGGCGCUUGUCCAAAUAAGAAGAACAAGCUCUGUGGUUUUGCAGAACACUCAGUCGAAAGGAACUCAAAUGUAACAAUUGACAUUAUGGAACUAUCGAGAGACUAAUCCGUAGUUUCAUGCUAAGAAAGAAAAGGACAAGCAGCUUGGUGCAUCGUAUGGUGGGGCUGCUGAUCAGCACGGGGCCUGCUGAUCAGCUGCAAUAGUGCUACAUCAAUUACUCAAUGGAUGCUUGACACACUCCUCAACACCUCAUGUGUGAUUUGUCGACUCCCUGAGUAGAUCAUAAGGUCAUCCAGUCACUUGGACCUGCCUGUCAAGAACCUGCUUCGUUUUGGAGGAGCUGUUACCUGAAUGAGGGGGAAUCGGCAGUUGAAGAACGCGAUGGAAGUAAUUUACCCUCUAGCAGAGGUACUUAACUUGUAUUGUGCGUUGUUGUUCAUUGUUCACUCUAGUACAGAAAAUAUUUUAGGAAAGGGUAGUUGGCCAUUUCAACUGUCAUGCACAUUGUGCACAAUUUUCCUACAACCAUGCCUACACAAUAACAAGUCUGAGCAUACAGUUUUGACAGUUA